AUGACGGAGCCGGCAUUCCGCGGCACACUACUGCUACUGCAGAACCGAACCCGCCGCGACCCGGAGGCGUACCGCGACGAAUUCCUUUCGCAGCUAGAUCAUUUCAAGGCUCUGAGCAAAACCAUCAUGACGCAGCAGGUGUUUAAUCCACAGUACAUUGCUGUGCUGAACUAUGUUUGCCACGUUGGCCACUGCUUCCCCAAAGAGUCUGAAGAGGUAGCGGAGACUGUGCUGAAGCUGCUGCAGGAAUUUCGGGGCGGGGCCAUGACGCCGGAACUUCGUCUGGCACUCGUCAAGUCGUUGGCGCUGCUGCGGUCGAAGAACAUUGUCAGCGCAGAGCGCUCCUUUCCUCUCUUCUUUCAGCUGCUGCAGGAGCGCGACAAGAGCCUCCGCCGGCUAAUUCUCUCGCACAUCGUGAGCGACGUGCGCAAGGUGAACAUGCCAGGCGCAAAGAACGGGUCGCUGGUUAAUAAGAAGGCGCAGAACUUUCUUUUUGGGGUCAUGGCAGACGACGACGCCGUGCAGGCGCGGUGCGCGGAGAUGGUGAUGAUUGACUUGUACCGUCGUCGUGUGUGGGCGAAUGAGCGCACAGUGGAGGUUCUGACGCAGGCGUGUUUCUCGCGGCAUACCGCCAUUCUCCGCACGGCGCUGCGCUUCUUCCUGCUGCAGAUGCCGAAGAUUGCUUCACUUGAUGACGCCGACGACGACGCCGGUGAGGAGGCGGACCCCGGCCGCGCCAUCUCCAAGAUGAAGCAGAAGCUAAAGAUCGUUAAGAAGACGAGUAAGCGGCAGCGCAUUCUCAAGCGUGAAAUGAAGUCUGUGAAGCGCAAGUACGACAAGGAGGAGAAGGAGGAGGAGAUGUUGGCAAAGCAGCACGUGGAUCCAGUGCGUCUUUUACGCAACCCGCAGCAGUUUGUCGAGCGUCUACUGGCACGUCUGCAGAAGACCACCGAGCGCUUCGAUGUGCGCAUUCUGUACCUCAACGUCAUCGCACGCACCGUAUCGGAGCACGAAGUAGUGCAUCUUCCACUGUACGCGUUCCUCGAGCGCUACAUGGAACCCUCGCAGCUCCACGCGACACAGCUAUUGGCGCUUUCCGUUAUGUGUGUGCACCGCAUGGUUCCACCUGACGCGCUCGAGCCACUCGUGAAGGCCAUCGCGAAUCACUUUGUGUCGGACCGUGCCUCGCCUGACGCCAUCACUGUUGGGCUAAACACAAUUCGCGAGAUAUGCAAGCGACAGCCACUUGCAAUGAAUGCGGUUCUGCUGAAGGAUCUGGCAGAGUACAAGUCGCAGCGCGGCGACAGAGGUGUCAUGAUGGCCGCGCGAGCGCUCAUUCAACUCUACCGCGAUGUGUACCCUGAACUGCUGCCGGCGAAAUAUCGUGGCAGUCGUUCUGGCACCGCAGAGGAUAAGCCGGCGCCUGUUUACGGCAAAGAGCAAGUGUACACCGACGUACCGGGGCUCGACCUUCUCUACGCCGCCAUGGACGAAGAAAAUGGGGAAGAGUCCUCAUGCUGUGGCUCCAGAGAUGACGAUGAUGAUGACAGCGACGGGACGUGGAUGACGGAUAGCAGCGAAUGCGAUCCUGACGAUGUUGACGGGAGUUUUGUCGAUGUGUCAGACUGCAGCAGCAGUGACGGCGACGAGAGCGACG